AUGCGGUUACAACUCCUCUUGUGUCUUUUAUAUUAUGCUGUAGCUGGUUCAAUAAAUCCAGAAGUUGAUCAAAAAGAGUUGCGAGGAGAAUUCCACGAUGAAACCCGCCAGUUAGUCGAUUAUGAAGAUUUUUCAACAAAUCUGACAGAUUAUGCAAGUAGAAGAACCAGUGAUGAUGAUAAACUCUCACCGGAAGAACAAAAAAAACGAGAAAAAGAAGAACCAAAUAGUGACGAAGUCGAUGACGAUUCAAGUGAUAUCAGUGAAGAGAGAGAACGAGACAGUGUGGAUCAUCAACAUUUGAAGUCACUGACUGCUAUCAAACCAGAGAAACUUCAACCUGUUGCUGGAGUCAUUAAUUCUGCUUUCAACGACAGAAAAACCUUCUCUUGCCCUCGAACAAAGUUGGAAUUGAUGACAGGACGUUCUGUUGCUGAUAUCUCUCCAGAAGAUAUCACAAUCAUCGCAGCAAUGGGAGAUGCUCUAGCAACAGGUAUUGGAUUAUGGCCGAAUGCUGAUAUUGAGUUUCGAGGGGCCAGCUUCCCUAUUGGAGGAGACUCGACGAUUGAUGGGUUGAUCACUAUUCCUAAUAUUCUCCGAGAGUUCAGUCCAAAAAUAGUCGGAGUGUCACAUGGAAUGGGAGCUGAUCUACCUGAUCAUCAAUUAAAUGUUGCUCAAACCGGUGCAUCAACUAAAGAUCUCUACAAACAAGCUGUUGAAUUGACACGAAGAAUAAAGAAACUUACUGAAGUUAAUUAUUUGGAAGAGUGGAUUAUGAUCAUCAUCACGAUUGGAACUGAAGAGAUCUGUACUCGAUGCGACGGUCCAUCAUAUGAACACAUCAAGCGAGCUAUCGAACACCUUCAAAUAGAAAUUCCAAAAGCACUUGUUGUUUUGUUGGGACCUGUUCACGUUUCAUCAUUCCAUGAGCAAAAAUCUAAUCUUCUCAAAAGUCGAUGUCAAUGCUCUCGAAAUCAAACUGAAGGUUUCAUGUACGACGUUUCACGAAAAUGGUCUAAAGUUUGGAGAGAUAUUCAAAAAUAUGUGGAGACUGGAGUGACAUCGAGACCCACAUUCGGAAUGAUCAGCUAUCCGAUGGUGACAAUCACUUCCAGAUAUCCCAGUGGGUUGUUCAUAAGAGAUAAACCAUUGUUGAAUCGAAGAGGUCACAAUUAUGCGACGAAAUGGUUAUGGAAUCGAUUGAUCGGUGGUGAUCUCUAUAAUCUGUCAUCAGCAACUCUUUCACAAGAUAAUUACUUUUGCCCAUCUGUUGGAUGCCCAUAUUUCCGAACGUAUGCAAAUCAUAAGAAGUGCACCACACUAACGCACGAUGAAGCUAAAGACCAGGAAUUAGUUUCGCAUAACGGAAAAACUAUCAAAACGUCUCGUCGAUCGAUUCGGUUUCUGUACAAUUUGGCUAUGGUGGUUGUCGGUGCAGCAUUCUGUACUGUCUGUAUUCUUGGAACGUUCUUCUAUCAGAAAUCAAAAAUGGGCGAUCAUGGACGAUUUGAGAUUGUUGAAGAACCACAAAAGAAGCUUGAAGAAGCACAAAAAGAAGAGCAGAAGGCUCUACUGACCCGCCAAAACACUCGAGCACAAUCAGAAUUGGCUCAAACAUCAUCAGGAAUUCAAUUGGCACCGAUAUCCGUCGGAAGACACAAAUCGUUCCUUGGCACAAUUACUGAAGGAACUCCAGAUGUAUGA